AUGAGAACAACAUGGAUCGAGAACAUGGAUUGGACAAAUAAAUAUGUUUUGGGGAUUCUGAUGGCUGGGUUGAUGAUUCUUCUGACCAAGAAAGUGGUCGAUAAUCGUUCGAAUGGAAAGGUAGAGAGAGGUUCUAAAAAGCCUCUAUAUAGAUACGACCACAGUAUACUCAACAUUUCCGUGCCACCCCAAUCGAUGUGGAUGAACAUGGGCUUCUGGAAGAAUACUGAGGACUUUCCAACAGCUUGCCGCACUCUUCUUGAAGAAGUGUUGAAGUCCGCGCAAAUCUUGGAAGAAGAAGUCUCCAGUGGCAACAAGAACAUCGUCAAUACGCUGAGUAUCAUUGACCUUGGUUUUGGAUGUGGAGACCAAAGCCUAUACAUAAAAAAUGCCUUGGACAAUCAAAGACGGGGAGAAAGAGAUGAUCGGUGGGAGAGGAAUCUCAAAGCUUAUGUUGGCCUCACCCUGGAAACCGCCCACUUCUCCAUUGCCCAGGAGAGGCUUGGCCUUGAGCAAUCAAAUACCAACACAGAGUUUGAGAUCUAUUGCGCCGAUGCUGGACGGCCUUCAUCUUGGACUUCAGAAAUAAAAGAAUCCGUGUCUGUGGCUACUCAGGCUAAUGACGAGAAGGGGGACCAUGAGAACUGGCUCCUCGGACUUGACACACUUAUUCAUUUUCAGCCUUCCAGGUGGCCAGUUAUCGAGUACGCGAACAGAGAAUUAGGUGUCUCACUUAUGGCAUACGAUCUCUGCAUUGCCGACAAUAUUUCCGUGAAGCAACGCCUUGCCCUUAGAUUCAUGGCCUUCUUUGGUCAGAGUCCGUUCGCGAAUUUUGUUACAAUUCAAGAAUAUCGGGAACGACUUGUCAUGGCUGGCUACGCUCGUGAAAAGAUUGAGAUCCGCGACAUUUCAGAACACGUAUUCAGCCCAUUGGCUGGAUUCUUAAGGAAGAAGGAAGUUGAACUGCAACAAUAUGGGAUGUCAAUUGGACGCUUUCGGUAUGCAGCGGGGAUGUUCGCUUGGUGGGGCAGAUCAGGUGUGAUCAGAGGCUGUAUUAUCGUGGCCAGGAAAUAG